AUGCCUACGAAGAAGAAAACACUGAUGUUUUUAUCCAGCUUCUUUACAAGCUUCGGGUCAUUCAUCGUAGUCUGCUCCAUGCUCGGGACUCAAGAAUGGGUCAGCAGUCAAAUUGCCAUCAGUGACUCGUCUUCAAACGGUAGUCUUGUCAUCACCUAUGGACUUUUUCAAGGCAAGAGUCACCAAGAAUUCAGUCAUGGACUUGAGGAAUCACAAAAAGGCUUUGAAGUUCUAGAGAAGUUGAACAAUUCUUCCCGAAGAACGCUGCACCUGGUGGCCGUCCUGCUGCUGGUGCUCAGCCUGUGCACGUCGCUGCUGAGUUCCGGGUUCACCUUCUACAACAGCAUCAGCAACCCCUACCAGACGUUCCUGGGGCCCGUGGGCGUGUACACCUGGAGUGGCCUUGCUGCGUUGUUCGUUUUCCUGACCAUGAUACUGUUCGUGGCCAACACACAAUCCAAUCAUCUCUCGGAAGAGCUGGCCCAGAUGCUGUACCCACUGUAUCCAACAACCACCUACAGAGGAACGACCCACAGCUACGGUUACUCGUUUUGGCUCACGCUCCUCGUCAUUCUUCUAAGUGUUGUCACCGUGGUCAUCAUCGUUUUCUACCAGAAGGCCAGGCACCAGCGGAAACAGGAGCAGAGAAAGCCAAUGGAAUACGCUCCCAGAGAUGGAAUUUUAUUCUGA